CGGGAGCCCGGGGGCUCUGGCCAGCCGCGUGCCCACUGUGGCGGCGCUGGGGGGGUAAGAGGAUAAACCCCCCCUGUAAGAGCCGGUGGGGUGGGUCGGCGGUGGCCGGGGGGCCGAGGCGAGUGGCCGCCGUCCCUGUGACGCGGGGGCCGGCGCCGUAAUCCCGGCGCGCUGAGCGGAUUAGGGCAGCCGGGGGCGGCCUGCAGGGACGAGCCGCGGUGGCCGCAAAUCCCCGGCCGGGCAUCACGUGGGGGACCCACCACAGGCACCGGGACGCCGUGUCCCCCCCCUCACUGUGCGGGGCAGGGGGCGAGCUGUGCCCCUGUCUGCCCCCCCAGUGCCACCCGGGUGUCCCCAGUCAUGGGUGGCGAAGGGGGUCUCCUGGCCCCGGUGUCCCUGGCAGCAUGGGGUGGCUGUGGGGCUGGGUGCCCCCCCUGGUGUCAGGGUGCCCAUGGGGCUGGUCUCUCCUGGCCAAGGUGGCCGUGGGGCCAGGGGAAGGCUGAAGCAUUUGGGGUUUGGUGGGGGGGGCUGCUCCCCAAAUCACCCGGAGCCGGGGUGCUGGGGGGGUGCCCCACAGCAGCGCUGGCAAGUGGGGACCCGGGCACAGCCUGGGGAUGUGGGGCUGGUCCCCGCUUGGGGGGCAUUGCCGUGGGGUUUUUGGGGGGGCUCCUGGCUUGAGCGGGAUAAGCCAUGGGGAGGGCGGCGGCGGGAGGGCGGCCAUGCGGCACGGCGGGCGCGGGGAGGAGCUGGCGGCAACCGGCCUGACCGGUUGGGUGCCGGCACCCUCAGUGCCGAGGGGCUCGGGGCGGCCCCACCGCCAGCACGUGGCCCGGCUGAAGGUCACCGUCCCCAGGGCCACCCACCCGCCGGGGUGAGCGGGCUCCAUGCCCUGCCGCAAACUGGUCCUCUGCCAAAAAUCCCGGCGCUGAGCCCUCGCUUUGCCGCUGGCGGCCCGUUUUCCAGUGGCCCAACCAGGUCGGUGUCACCGAGCGGUUUCGGUGGCACCGAGUGGUUUCGGGGGCACGGGAGGAUCCCGGUGCUGCCUGGGGAGCGGCCGGCAGCACCGGACGUGCGGAAGGACCCACCCCGUGCCCCGUCGGUGCCGGGGGAUGCCGGCAUGCCGGUGCCCGCCUGCCCGCAGCACCCUGCCCUGAGCGCGGUGCCGGAGCCCGGCCGUGCCAUGGAGGAGCCGGCGGAUGGCGGGGCCGAGCCGUGGGCCGAGGGGCUGCGCAACAGCAACAACAACGCUUCCCCCGGGGGGUGGCCGGCGGCCCGUGGUGGGCACCCCCUGGCACCUUUUGGUAGCCCCGGGACGGAGCCCAGCUACCUGGGGCGGGUGGUGCUGGAGAUCGUGGAGUCGGAGCGCACCUACGCCCGGGAUCUCCGCAGCAUCGUGGAGGGCUACCUGGGCAAAAUCAUCGACGCGGAGGAGCCGGUGCUGCGGCCGGAGCAGGUCAGCGCCCUUUUCGGCAACAUCGAGGACAUCUACGAGCUCAGCAGCACCCUGCUGCAAAACCUGGAGAGCUGCGCCAGCGAUCCCGUGGCCGUGGCUGUCUGCUUCGUCACCCGGAGCCAGGAAUUCGCCAUUUACACCCAAUACUGCAACAACUACCCCAGCUCGGUGGCGGCGCUGGCCGAGUGCAUGAGGAGCAAGGCCCAGGCUCGGUUCCUGCGCGAGUGCCAGGAGCGGCUGCGGCACGCGCUGCCCCUCGGUGCGUACCUGCUCAAGCCCGUCCAGAGGAUCCUCAAGUACCACCUCCUGCUCCAGGAGAUCGCCAAGCACUUUGAGCACAAGUCGGGGGAGGACUACGAGGUGGUGCUGGAGGCCAUCGACACCAUGACCUGCGUCGCCUGGUACAUCAACGACAUGAAGCGCAAGCACGAGCACGCCAUCCGCCAGCAGGAGAUCCAGUCGCUGCUGCUGGGCUGGAAGGGGCCGGACCUGACUAGUUACGGGGAGCUGGUGCUGGAGGGCACCUUCCGGGUGCAGCGGGUGCGCCACGAGCGCGCCGUCUUCCUCUUCGACAAGACCCUCCUCAUCACCAAGCGCCGCGGCGACCACUACGUCUACAAGAGCCACAUCCCGUGCUCCUCACUGAUGCUGAUCGAGAGCACGCGGGACUCGCUCUGCUUCAGCCUGGCUCACUACAAGCACGGCAAGCAGCAGCACAGCCUGCAGGCCAAGAGCGUGGAGGAGAAGCGCGUGUGGACCCACCACAUCAAGCGGCUGAUCCUGGAGAACCACCACGCCAUCGUCCCCCAAAAGGCUAAGGAAGCCAUCCUGGAGAUGGACUUGUUCUACCCCCCUCGCCUGCCCCGCUGCAGCCCCGAGCGCCUGAAGAAGAGCUGGUCCUGCCAGCCCGUGGGCGACGCCGCCGCCGAGCCACGCCAGUGCCGCCGGCAGUCUGAGCCCUUCCAGCCCCGGGACCGCGCGGAGACGCUGCCGGACCGACUGCACGGGCACACGGGGCGCAGGCAGUCGGAGCCUGCCAAGCAGAUCCUGCGGCAGCUGGGCGAGCAAGGGCUGAAGCACGCCGGCAGCGACGGGGCUCUCCUGGAGGCGGGGGAGCCCCCCCAGCACGCCAGAGCCUGGACGGCGGCUGAGGGAGUGGUGGAGGAGGAAGAGGAGGAGGAGGAGGAAGAGGAGGAGGAGGCUUUGGGCAAGGACUGCCAGGGGGAGCUGCCCGGGGGCAGGGACCUGCCGGCGGAACCCCAGGAGGAGCAGGCUGGGGGUCACCCACCGACGCCGGAGGCACCCAAGCGGCCGAGCAGCUGGGGGCCGGGGAGCUGUGAGAAGGUCAGUGCGGCCCCGCAGCCCCCGCCUGGGGGUCCCCAGGGACCCAGCACCCACCCGCCCCCCACUCUGCAGGCCGGCAGCGCCGGGGAGCGCCCCGAGGGGCCGGGGGCACCCGAAACCCCCUCCUCGGCAGGGACCCCGGCACCGGUACUGCCUGGCGGGGAGGGGGAACCGGAGCGCGCUGUGGAGGGUUUGCAGGGGCUGAGCAGUGAGGAGGAAGAAGAGGAGGAGGAAGAAGAAGGAGAAGGAGGUGGUGGCAGCAUCCUGCCGCCCUCGGUGCUGGACCAGGCCAGCGUCAUCGCCGAGCGCUUCGGCGGCGGCGGCAGCUUCUCCCGCCGCAGCAGCCUGGCGCUGGAGGGGCCGGGGGGGCGGCUGGCCAGCCGCAGCGGCAGCGCCCUCAGCCUGGACGGUGGCCCCCCGCCGGAGGUCACGGAACCCGGGGGGUCCCGUAGCACCGUCCCCUCGCCCGAACCGCUGGCCGGAGCCCGCCGGGAAUCGCUGCUCUCCAGCCGGGAUCGCCUGCUCCUCGACAAGAUCAAGAGCUACUACGGCCACGCCGAGCACCGGGACGCCGGCUUCAGCGUCCGCCGCCGCGAGAGCUUGUCCUUCAUCCCCAAGGGGCUGGUGCGAAGCUCCGUCUGCCGCCUCAACGGCCUCCCCCGGCCCCCGACGAGCCCCGAGCCCCCCACCCAACCCGCACCGGUGGGCACCGAGGCGUUGCCGGAGGAGCCGUGCCGGGAGAACGGGCUGCAGCCCCCCGAACCGCUGCUCAUCCUGGAGGAGGACGACCUGGGUGCCACCGGCGAGGUGCCACCGGCCGAGCCGCCGCCGCGGCUGCUGCUGACCCCCCCGCACCCCGGCACCAAGGUGUACCAGCUGGCGCGGCAGUACAGCCUCCGCAUCAAGAGCCGCCGCGCCGGUGCCCGGUGCGCCCCGGCACCCCCAGAGCAGGGCGACCCGUGUGCCACCACCCCUUCGGUGGCCAUGCCGCGGGAUGGGGCGCUGGCGGUGUCCCCCUCCCCGGCGGCCCCCCGCAGCCCCCCGAGCCCCGGCGGGGCCGAGCCCUUCGCUUGGCCCGACGUGCGGGAGCUUCGUGCCCGGUUCGGUGGCCCGCGGCCACCGCCGGUCAGCCGCAGCCGCUCGGCACCCGAGGGGCCGUGCCGGGGGGGCCGGCCGGCUGAGAAGGAGCGGGGCAGUGGCCGCAGCCGGAGCGCGGAGGCGGGUGGGGGUCCCGGCACCCCCGGGAUGGUGCCGGCGCGACACGGUAGCGAUGGGGCGCUGUGGGUGGCGGCGGAGGCCCCCCUGGGUCCCGGGCAGCGGGUGCUGGUGCUGGAGCGGCUGCCGGUCCCCGCCGAGCCCCCCACCUACGUACAGAUCCGCUCGCCCACCACCCGGGAGAAGAUCUGCUUGAAGGCGGUGGUGGAGCGCUGCAAAGCCUACCAGGCCUCCGAGGAGUACCGGCGGAGGUGCCCCGAGCCCCCCGACAGCCCCGAGCCCCCCGAGCCCCCUCGCCCCGGCCUCGUCAGGGACCUGCGGCAGAAAUUUCAGACCCUCGACGCCGCCAGCUAGGUGGGCGAUGGGGAGAAGGGGCGUCCCGCGGACCCCCAACCUGCCCAGGAGAAGGGGCACCCCAUGGACCUCCAGCCUACCUGGAAGGAGGGGCACCCCGUGGACCCGCAACCUGCCCAGGGACAGCCCAUGGACCUCCAGCUCACCCAGGAGAAGGAGCACCCUGUGGACCUCCAACCUACUUGGAAGAAGGGGCAUCCCAUGGCUCCCCAGUUGACCCAGGAGAAAGAGCACCCUGGGGAACCUCACCCUGCCCAGGAGAAGGGGUCCCCCAUGGGGACCUCCAGCUCACCCGGGAGAAGGAGCACCCUAUGGACCUCCAACCUGCCCAGGAGAAGGGGCACCCCAUGGGCCUCCCACCGACCUGUAAGGAGGGGCACACUAUGGAGCCCCAUCUCACCCAGGGGAAGGAGCACACUGUGGACCUCCAACCUACCUGGAAGAAGGGGCACCCCAUGGACCCCCAACUUGCCCAGGGACACCCCAUGGAGGCCCAGCUCACCGAGGAGAAGGAGCACCCUGUGGACCUCCAGCUGACCUAGGAGAAAGAGCACCCUGGGGACCCUCACCCUGCCCAGGAGAAGGGGUCCCCCAUGGGGACCUCCAGCUCACCCGGGAGAAGGAGCACCCUGCAGACUCCCAACCUGCCCAGGAGAUGGGGCACCCCACGGACACCCCAACUUGCUUGGAAGAAGGGACACCCUGGGGACCCCCAACCUGCCCAGGAGAAGGGGGGGGCACCAUGGACCUCCAGCUCACCUGGGAGCAGGGGCACCCCAUGGACUCCCCACUGGCUCACCCAGGAGAAGGAGCACCCUGUGGACCUCCAACCCACCUGGGAGAAGGGGCACCCCGUGGCCCCCCAGCCCACAGGGACACCCCAUGGACACUCACCCCCCACCCCGGCACCCAGCACUGCGCCCAGCUGGCUUUCACAUCUUUAUUAGAAAAAAACCCCAAACUGAAC